CCCUAGUCUACAUCUUCAAGCUUAAGAGAAAAAUGAGUGUAGAAGUAUUGGAUGCUGCCACCAUCUUCAACUUCGUGGAGGAUGAAGCAUUCAGUGUCUCAAUACGUGACCGUUUUGCUCUUCUUGACACUAACCAAGAUGGUCUUCUCUCCUAUGCAGAGAUGUUGAAGGAGCUACAGAGUCUAAGGGUCUUUGAGACCCACUUUGGGAUAGACGUGAAGCCCGAUCCAAAUGAGCUCACUCGUGUCUAUGAUUCCAUGUUCAUGCAGUUCGAUCACGACUCCAAUGGGGCAAUUGAUCUUGAGGAGUUCAAGGAAGAAACCAAGAAGAUUAUGCUUGCUAUGGCUAACGACAUUGGAUUCUUGCCAAUUCAAAUGGCCCUGGAAGAGGAUAGCUUCUUGAAGAAAGCUGUUGAACGUGAGUCGACAAAGGGGGGCCAUUUAAGUUCACCGAUGUAUUGAAGAUAUCAGAUAUUCAGACCCCAAUUAUGCUGGUUGCCUGGAUUAGAAACUAUUGCAUCCUCCAUAUUUUACACUAUAGUGAAGUAAUUUCAUUUUGAUUUUGGUUUUAGUUUUGGUUCCCCUAUUUCCUCAAUUUUGAUCAUUGU